AUGGCAUGGAUAAACUGCGUUUUGGGCCAGCGCGGGGCGGGUGGGCGGCGGGCGGCUGCGGUGGCGGCCGGAUGCUUCGCCUCUACCUGGGGCGCCGGGUCCCACCGGGGCCGCUCUCUGACGGGCGCUCGCUUCUCCUCCUCCCAGACCUACGUCGGGGAUAUUCUGGUGGCCGUGAACCCCUUCCAGCGCCUGCCGCUCUACGGGAAGCCGAUUGCUGAGAAGUACCGGAGCCGUGCCAAGGGCAGCCUGCCCCCCCACAUCUUUGCUGUGGCUGACCGAGCCUACCAGGCUAUGCUGGGGCGCCUGGGGAUGGGGCCCCAGAACCAGUGCAUUGUCAUCAGCGGAGAGAGCGGUGCAGGGAAGACAGAGAACACAAAGCUCCUACUGCAGCACCUCAUGAGCUUGUGCAGGGGCCACUCACAGCUGGAGCAGCAGAUUCUGCAGGUGAACCCGCUGCUGGAAGCCUUUGGCAAUGCCCAAACAGUGAUGAACGACAACAGCAGCCGCUUUGGGAAGUACGUACAGCUGCGGUUCCAGCAGAGCACAGUGAGGGGUGCCAAGCUGAGUGAGUACCUGCUGGAGAAGUCCCGCGUCGUGAAACAGGAUGCUGGGGAGAGGAAUUUCCAUAUCUUCUACUACAUGUUUGCGGGGCUCUCUGCAGAAGAGAAAGAGAUAUAUGGGCUGCUGGAUCCUGCACGGUACAGGUACAUUGGUGGCCAUUUUGGGACAGAGGCCAUGACUGAAUGCUGGAAGCACAAGUACCGGGAGGUGUGCAAUGCCCUGGACAUGGUGGGCUUCCAGGAGCAGGAGCAGGUGGACAUGCAGGCAAUCCUGGCUGGGGUCCUGUCUCUGGGCAAUGUGGACUUCCAGCCCCAGGAGAGCAAUGGGGCCGUGCAAGUGGGUGAAGUCUCCCAGGGCUGGCUGAAGGCUGCAGCGGGACAGUUUGGUGUCCAGGAAGAGGAGCUACUGAGCUGCCUCAUUCGCACAGUAUCUGUGACCCGGGGGGAGCAGAUUCAGCGGCUCCACACGCAGCAGCAGGCAGAGGAUGCCCGGGACUCCAUUGCCAAGGUGGCAUACGGUCGUGUGUUUGGCUGGAUCGUCCGCAAAAUAAAUGAGCUGCUGGCCGAAAGUGUGGACCCCCAUGUAGAGCUGAGGGAAAUCGGGAUUCUGGACAUCUUUGGGUUUGAGAACUUUGUGGUAAAUCGCUUCGAGCAACUUUGCAUCAACCUGGCCAAUGAGCAGCUGCAGCACUUCUUCAACCAUCACAUCUUCCAGCUGGAGCAGGCCGCCUACCGGGAGGAGGAGCUGCCCUGGGAGACCAUAGCCUUCAGCAACAACCAGCCCAUCCUGGACCUGCUCCUGGCCAAGCCGCUGGGGCUACUCUCUCUCCUGGAUGAACAGAGCACAUUCCCGCAGGCGACUGAUAAAACCUUUGUGGACAAACUGAACAGCAGUUUCAAAGGGAACGUGCACUUCCAGCUGGUGCGGGGCCAGGUGCUGAGCUUCAGCAUCCUCCACUAUGCAGGCAAGGUGCAGUAUUCUGCCAGCGGCUUCCUGGAGAAGAACCGGGACACCUUGCCAGCCAACAUCCGUGGCCUCUUCAUCAAUAGCGUCACGCCACUGCUGAGCGUGCUGUUCACGGCCACCAUCUCCCGGACAGGGACUCUGAUGCCUCACAUUAAAGCCAAGGUGCCCCUGGGAGCAGGCGACAACUUCAACAACACAAGGAAGCAGUCAGUGGGAGCCCAGUUCCGGCACUCGCUGUCUGUCCUCAUGGAGCGCAUGUACUCUGCCACCCCGCACUUUGUGCGCUGUGUCAAGCCCAACAGCCGGAAGGAGCCAGGUGUGGUUGACAGCCAGGUGUUGCUGCAGCAGGUGAGGUCAUUCCUCAGCCUGGGGUGA